CAAGAUAAAUAGUGUCUUCUGAGGUCACUCCAGGGCUCAGCACCUUUAAGAAAUGGCUGCUGUAAUCUGUGUAAUGAAGAGUUGGGGAAAAGGAUACUGCUCCUUUUAGAAACUGUGUGUAAGAGAGCCCAUAAGCUAUUCCCGUGAUGUGAUCAAAUGUGACUGAGACGACUGCAGGCUCCUGGACUCUUAUUCUAUAAAAUCUACAUCAGAGCAGCACAGGAAAAGAUCAGAGGGAACAGCUUCUGCUAUAUUCAGAAAGAUUGUCAAAUGUCAUGGUGUAAUAGAUUGGAAAAUUUUGCCUGAAGUAACUGGUGUGGCAAGAAAGUGUUGAUCCAUCACAGAAAGAUGCUGGAGAGCUCUCCCAUCCUUUUGUUCACUGUCAUCAGCCUGCUUCUCAUUUUGCUGCUCCUUGUACUGCUCAUUAGAAACAAUGGCAUUGCAGCCCUUAUCUGGAAUGAAAUAAUCCUGGAGAAAAUAACCAAUUUCAUCAUGGAUCAGAGCAAAGAACAGAGGAUUUUAAACUUUGUGCUGCAGAACGCGGUCAGAGGGGACCCCCAGAGCGUGGUGGACACCAUCGAUAAGUACUGCUCCCAGAAAGAGUGGGCCAUGAAUGUGGGGGACGAAAAAGGUUUGAUUCUAGAUAAGGUACUGGAGGAGGCCAAGCCCUUGACCUCAUUGGAGCUGGGAACAUACUGUGGUUAUUCAGCUGUGAGGAUGGCUCGGCUGUUGAAGCCCAGCGCCUGCCUGCUUACCAUUGAGUUCAACCCUGAGUUUGCUGCCAUUGCCAAGCAGAUAAUUGAGUUUGCUGGAGUACAAGAGAAGGUUAAAAUUCUAGAAGGCCCUUCAGAGGAAAUUAUCCCACAGCUGAAGAAAAAGCAUGAAGUGGAUACACUGGAUUUUGUCUUUCUCGACCAUGGGAAAGAAAGAUACACACCAGAUACUAUCCUGUUGCAGGAAUGUGGCUUGCUGAGGAAGGGCACGGUUAUCCUGGCUGACAAUAUAAUCUGUCCUGGGGCUCCUGAGUUCAUUAAGUACAUCCGCAAUAACAGUCAUUUCGAGUGUACCAACUACCCGUCUCACCUGGAGUACAUGAAGGUCAAAGAUGCCAUGGAGAAGGCCGUGUUUCUGGGAUAAAAUGAAGCCCUUGGUACCCAAGUGCUGUUUCAAAAAUUGUAAAUGCAACUGCACAGGUUAACUGUGUUCGUGCUUCAAGUUUAGCUUUCUGUAUUUUAAGGCCUGUAAUUAAAGCAAAUUCUAACAAAUGGAGUUUAGAGGAGGGGGAAACCAAGAUUUAGAGUGGGAGUAUAAACAAGGUAACUAGCCAAAGAUGAGAUGGAGAAGCCUGCUUUUAUCUUUUCACGUGGCCUCCCCCACCCUGGAUAACACUUCCCUUAAGUCAAUCUCUGUGUUGCCAAACAGCAAAAAUAAUCUUUUUAUUUUGAGUUCAACCCCCUAAGAGCCAGGAGUGAAACAGAAAAAUCACAGCAGCUGCUGAGAGCUUGUGUCCCACAGCCAAACAGACUAAUUGCUCUUGAGAAAGAAACACCCCGUUGGCAGGGAAGGAGUACUUCAGCAGCACUGAUUUUGCUGAAUUACCGGCAAGGCGCUGCUGGGAAGAAUCCUACAGUUACACCACAGAUAUUCGAGGGCAGCUACUGGUAAAACAACACUGUGGCCUGUGCUGGAGGAAAGGCAGACUGGGACUGCCUGCUAGCAGGGGCUGGCAUUGGGAGGGAGAAAAGACCGCUGCGGGUGGUGAAACCCAACUGGACAGUGGACAACGUGGUAGGUAGCAAGGAGGGCAAGGCUGUAAGAGCUAGAUGAGCCAAAGGAUACGUUCGCAGAAGACAGGGAACAACUUCUUUUAACAAAGUGCUCAAACUACAUAAACUGCCAAGACCUUGUUCAAACACCAUUUUCCAACCCUUUGCAUAGUACCUAAGAGAACUCACCUCCUUGGGGGGCAGGGCAUGUUUCUUCCCUUGGGUCAAGUGCUGGGUAACCAGAAGGUGCUCUCUACUGGGACACAACAGACUGUGCCUUUCUGUACACCCUGGGUAAUAUUAAUGCUAUAGUAAAGUGCUGUCAGUACUCAGUGUUAGCGUCAUCAAGGUACGAGGCCGCACUCCAAGUAACUUUUCUCUCCUGAAUGGUGCACUAAUUCAGUGGCACGUCUCAGAGUGCCCCUCGAUGUGGUAGAAUGAUACAAUGUUCACAUUCGUAAAUAAAAAUAAGGAGGAAAACGACUUGUGCCGUUACUGAGCAGGAGCAUGAGCCACCAUUUUGCUUCACAUGGACUCUGGCCAGCUUCAGGCACUUCGAUCCAUGGUUCAGCAGCAGAAAUGAACCCUAGUGUCAGCACUCUGGAGACACACCAUCCCCUUUCCUAUUUUGGAGUUGUACCAGUAUAUCUUUGGCCAUCUCCUUUUGUGGGCUACUGCACUGAGGCAUUGUUGAUUCUGGAGAGAGUUAUACCUCCAGGCCAGUGACAAAAAUGCCCUAUGGGACAGGUUGGGAGGUCAGACUGAAGGUGAACAGAGCAAACCAUAAUAACCCAAUAAGCUUUCUUGCAAAGACCCAUGAUGAAGCAAAACCAUGGGAGUAGCUAGUUAUUAUAGCUCAGAAAAGCCCAUGGCUUCUCAAGCUGCAAGAGACUAGUGGCCCACAGUCCAGAUUGCCUCCAACCACAUAUACUGCAUAGGAGAAGGUGAAAAACCUCAGCACCCAGAGCAACUGUUCAGUGCUGUAACCGUGCAUGAGUGCAUGUGCAUGUGCAGUCCUUUUCUGAGUUUCCACUUCACAAUCUGAGAUUAGCAUAAAGGACUUCUAGCAACGUGCAUAGCUGCACGUGCAGUGAGUCACCAUGGAAGCAACACACUAUCAUCAGCCCACAGUCUUUCAAAUAUAAAUUGUUUGUAAAGCUGAUUUUAAACAGUCUGCAAAUAUUUGCAGAGACGAGAACAUUUACAAGCCCAUCUACAUCCUUGCGCAACUGGUCAGGGUCCGCGGGGGGGCUGGGCAAUGCUCAUAGGGACACAAAAUAUUUUUCUGUGUGUCUUACAGGUUGUAACUGUGGCAAUCCUCUUCUGUUUUCAGCCUACUUGCCUGUGAUUAGAUUUAAGCCGUGGCAUGUGGCUGUCACGGCUUAAAUGGGUUUGAUGUCACUGAUGACAUCAAACCCAUGUCCAGGGCCACAUGCCCCUUCUGCUCAGAACUUCCCUGUUGGGCUAGUGCUGCAUGCAAGAGGUCUGAAGCCGAACAAAAUACUGGGAGAUCAUGUGCAGGUCAAAAGACGCAGCCCUUUUCUCUACCCACCUAGAAAGAACCAGGGAAAAGUGUUCCCACGUCUUAGCCAGCAGGACUUUAGCUUGCUCAUGUGCCCAUGCCCUGAGCCAAGUGAGUGACACUGGCAGGGUUUCCCUGGUCCCAGUCCUGUGUGCAAUGCAGAAGAACAAGGCCAAGUUCCCCCCACAGACAGUCUGCAGGUAAGAUACACCUGGAAAUUUUAACCUUGCUUGUGUCCCUCUGACUUUUCAUUUCCUGGUCAACCUGUACCACAACCUGGACACUGCACGUUAACUACGAGCAAGGCUUUUACUGCAAGGAGCCAAAAAUCCUGGCGACCACUGUUGCAACGAUGAGCUCUUCACUCAAGUUUCUGUUGAGAUUCUGAAACAGGUGAGGGCUGUGAUAUUUCAUGCUCAUUGUUCCCAAGUUAACCUUUCACCUCUGGGACUUGGCUCUUCAAAUCUUCCCCAGCUGUGAUGAGCUGGAAAUGAAAUUACUCUGACAGCCAUAAAAGGUCACCUGUAGAAACAACAUGUUUGUCUGGGCUCACUGUCUUACCUGCCAUACCUACUAUUUAUUGCCGCAUAAUGCAUCCAAAGAACAAACAAAUCUCAGAUUAAUCACUGCAGCAGAAAGCUGGAGCUACCUCUGAAGAGUCAGUCUGAGCUGAGGAGUCCUGCCCCUCACCACAUGACUUCCAGAAUCAGAUGCUUCCUUCUGCAUAGACAAGAACAGUUGGUGAUUUUACAUAAUUUUCAGGGAUGCCUUCUGGACAUCUGUGAUCUAGACAUUUGAAGAUAAAUUCCCCACUGCUGCUAUUAGCAAACAUCCACAGCUAAAGGCUUUUGGACCCUCAAGACAGUAACAUGGGCAAUGGUACAAUGAAGUUUGAACACGUAUUAGAUGUUUGGUCUCUGACAAGUAGUAAUAUUUAGUGUUUAACUCCUGGAGACAACCCCAUCUCCACUCAUUGCCAGAACCCUGCUGCGUGCUAUUACUCCUACAGCUUUUUGCUGGACUCUUGUUUUGCUUGAGUAGUGAAGGUCAGCAAGUGUGAUGGCACAUCAGUCUGCCUGUUGAUCUUAUCAACACUGACGAACUUGUUGGGGAGAGUCAGCCCCUAAGGGUGUUGCUCCGGUUUGUCAGUGGUUGGCCAUAAUCUGUAGCAUCCAAUUUAUCUUUUCAACAUCUGGGCUAGGUCACCCUCCAACGCAGCAGCAAAGCAAUUAUCCAGCAUCCCCCAACAGCAUGGCAAGAGAAAAGGGUGAAUGAAGCUUUCAACAAAGGCUUGUGUCUCGCUCCAGCAAAUUUAUGAGACCUCAGUUAUCUGUGUGUGUGCAUGUGUGUGUGUAAAUAAGAAAAUAAACAAACACUGUGCACACAUUCAUACACAUUCACGUGCAUUUUGCAGACAUGUAAAGUAUAAAGGUUGUGUCAGCAUAAGCUGGGAAAGGUCCAUUAUCUCACGAAUGGGAAAGCCAUCAGGAAGCUAUCCUUGCCAGUUCAAACGUGCAGUCCUUCAAACAGACCUUUCUUUUUGUAUCUGAAUGAAACCAUGAUCUACACUCAAGCCAUUACAUGCGUUUCUGCUGCAGCAGAUGGCCUCUGCAUCCCAGUUUGUAGCUGUAGCACAUUACAGCAUGUACUGCCAUUGUCUUCAUUACCACAGGCCUUUUCCUACCUCACUCAAUGCUGGAUUGAGCUAGGUUUCAAGAACCCCGUCCAGGGCGAAUGCUGUUACAAGGCCGGGGAAUAUUUCGGACAUCUGAUGUAAUAAACAAAAAUAACCAGUGGCACGUGUAUUCUUUCCAGGCAUGAUUUAUUGAAAACACACCAAAUUGUUAGUUAUCCUACACACCUGGUUGCUAACAAGCAGUCUACUUGUCUGUGUUACAGAAAGUUCCUAUAAUAAUACAUUCUGUCAUGGUAACAUUUGUUCUAUGAAAAGCAUAAUCCACCUUUUUUUCCCCUUCUUAACUCUUAAAAUCAAACCAUUCUACGUUUCAGUUUAUAGUACAGUGUAAAUACAAUGCAAAAACCCACCAGUCUAAACUACAGAGAUAAUGUUGAGUAGUAUUACAGAAAACACAUUGGUGAUUUGUUUUUUGUUGGGUUUUUUUAAAUUUUUUUUUUAUUUUCCUACCAUGAAAAUUUUAAGGCACAUGAUAGUUACAAACACAUUAGCUACUAAUUACCAGUAAGCUUCUUAGUCUAGUUUUGUUGUUGUUGUUUUUAAGGAUGAUAUCCUCUGCCAGGAUGGCAGGCUUUGCAGUAGAUGCUCCUUCCUCCUCAUCACCGUGAGAUCGCACUUCUGAACAUCCUACCCCAAUGGAAAAUUUAAGAUAGAAAAAAAAAAGGUUCAUAAUACCUUCCCUUAA